AUGGAAAUAGGGAACGCUCGCAAUGACAUCUCGGAGGCCAAGGAUAUAGCUAAGUCAAUCCGAGAAUGGCUGGGAUACGAGACCAGAGAACCUCACAGGAUCAUUGGAGAAAUAGGAAAUUCUAUUAAGGCUCUAGACAAAAAAUUGCAGGAUCUUUCCGACAACUUCACCAGUCAAACUAUUAAAAUAUCGGAAAAGAGAGCACCGGAGGAACGACAAAACCUUCUAAAAACUUUAGAAAUUGUCACAAGGCAGCUAGACGAACACCGGCGAGAACUCAAAGAAAUCAAAGACCAAACAACGCUCGUCCAAAAUAGCAGUACAAAAGCCAUAGAAAUUCUAACCACACAGUCUCCAUCCCAAUAUGAAUGCAACGACAAACGGCAGUGGGACGAUAUAAAGACUGACAUUUUGCAGGAAAUUAAAAAUAUAAAAUACACACAAACGCAAGAUACAUUUGACAACACCCCCAGCUCCUUAACAUUAAACCUUAGUGAACAUCUACAGCCCCUCACCGAACGUCUGGAAGCAGUUUCAUCGGAACUAAAAACCAUACGUGAACUUCGACAGAAAACGCCACCACCGGCGAUAAGCCUUAGUACGGAACUUGCGCUGGCAGAGAUGGUCAAGAGUACCAAAACAAUUCCGACAUAUGCUCAAAAAGUGAAAGAAAAGCCUGUAUUGAGGCCCAACCACACCUUGAUCGUUUCGUCGACGGAUCCCAACAAAACAG